AUGGGGAACCAGUGCUGCGCCGGGAGGGAUACUGCGUACAAGCGGAAAGCGCAGGAGAAUGAAUACGGUGGAAAGCUGAAAAACAUGCUGUCUUUUGGAAGUGUAGGGGACGAUGUGGUACGAUUCGACAGGGCAUAUGACAACAACGAUAUUCCAGAGUUUGUUCGCCUCUGCAAUUCGACUUGCGAGAUUGAAAAGCUAGAGGAGCGAAUGCACCCGUGGGCCGCAGACCCCGAGACCAUUGGAGCCCUCGCCGCUACUCAGCUUGCCAUCUUCGCCUCUCGCGAACAGGAGCCACAACUGAAGGACGAAAUUCGAGAAGCAGGCGGAAUCGAAGUGCUUGUCAAGCUCCUUGCGUCCAAGGAGUUGGACAGAAAACAUUCAGCAGUGGUCGCGCUUUCCUUUCUCUCAGUGGAUAAUCCCCAGAAUUGCAUUGCAAUGUUCAAUGCGGGGGCGAUGCCCUACUUAAUCCAGGGAAUGAAGUCUGACAUUGAGGGAAUGCGCGCAGCUUGCGCACAAACGGCACGCAACAUUUACGUACUCGAUAUCAAGUACCGCCGCACAUUUAUGAAAGGCGGAGGCAUCGCACAGCUUGUGCGAUUUCUCGAAAUGUAA